GUAAUUUUUCUUUUUUUUUUUGGUUAUGCAGGAAGACCCAUUAUGCUGGAGAAGCCACUGGAGUUUUGUUCAUACAAUGGAAGUUCCUGCUGUGACUCUGCUAAAGAUUUGCAGUUGCAAAAGCAAUUUCAAGCAUUGAACAUUUCAAACCCAGAAUGUGCUUCUAUUAUGAAGUCAAUUCUUUGUUCAGAUACUUAUGUUGCGGAGUGCACAGAUAGUCAUGGCUCUGAUGCUAGUUCGUGGCCACGCAUGGAUAACGAGGCAUGGGUUAAGGCUGUUGGAGGUUGCUCAUCUAAUUUCAUGCCAGGGAUUGGCACCCAAGUAAAUCCAGAGAUGGUUGGUUUUACUUACAGGAAGAGACAACCUCGAGAAAACUUAAUAGCAGCAUUGAUGGCAUCUGACUAUGAGGAGACACAGGCAAAAUACCAUGAGGAGUUAGAAAGACAACGCCAACAAAUUGCUUUGAUGCAACAACAGCUGGCCAAUAUGACAGAAGCUCAAAAUAAUAUGAGCCAGACAAUCGCACAGUCUGUUGCAGCAGCUCUAGCCGCUCAUGGCAUCUCUCCUCAGGCAAGUCAUCAUCCAGUUGCCCCACCACAUCCGUCACAUGGUCCUGGCUCAGGUCUUCGCAUGAAUUCAGCUUUCACCUACUCCACUGAUUCUACACAAACCUCUCCUAUGGUCCCUGAAUAUCAACAACAACGGCAGUUUCCGCCUCAAGAUGAUGAUGUAUACCAUCCUACUUUUGAUCCAAACUAUCAUGGUCCUUAGUUUUUUUACUUUUCUGCUACGCACAUUAUCUACAUACUUUGCAUGGUUGGCUUUAUUUCUAUUAGUACUUUAAACUGUUAGCUUUAGCUUUUAUUACGAUAUAUUUUCUUAUUUUGCUGACCUCUAGUGAUCAUACUUCGAAAGGUAUGAAGUUUUAGACUACUUUGGAGGUUAAUUAUUAUUAACUAAAUAUCGUGGGUAUUU